AGAUACCAGCAGUUGCUGAAGGAGCAUCUCAAGGUUAGCACAGCGGUCGCCGAUCCAAACUCUCGGGGUCAAAGGAACAAUAUGUUGGCUUGGUUUUGGUCUAUGGAUGUACAAGGGGAUUCUAAUAGCAGUGAUUGGGUGAAUGAAUUUUACCGUGUGCAUUGGCUCCGUGCCAAGGCUAUGAGAGAUCGUUGGGCAGAAGAGAUGUUGCUUGUAAAGCAUGAAAUGGAUUGGACCUGUGACUCUUUUCUUCAUAAAGCUGAGAAUUGGAUCCGUCUAGGUAACAUCUCCAGGCAGGUCCAUAAAGAGGGACAUCUGGGAUAUGCGGCCAGACAAUGCAAAAUUUAUCAACAUUUGUACGCAGAGGCCAGUCAUGCAUUCAAACGGACAAAGGCCUCGUCUCAAGCAGAGCAGCAUUUUCCUGUCUUAGAAAAUGCAAAUACUGGAUAA